AUCCCCGCGCGCGACGGAUGAAAUGGCUCAAGCCUAGCGCCGCCGCCGCCGCCGCCGCGAUAAUCUCUCGAAUCGCGGAAAUUCGUUGCGGAGGAAGAAGCCGAGCGCCAUGGCCCUUCUCUGCACCAACGCCGCCGGCGGCGGCAGGUUUCCCCUCCCGCGCGGCCGCGCGCAUCCGUACGCCGUCGGUCUGUCCGCGCCCGUCUCCGUCCUCCGCUCCCGCCGCGGCCUACCAACUCGAGGGCUGCGCUGCGCCGGCGCGGACUGGCCUGAGCAAUCGUUCGUGGCUGUCGCGGAGAAGCCCGAUGCGGCGGAAGCACGAAUGGCGCUCGCGUCCGCGGGCGACGGCGGCGGCGGCGAGGAGGAGGAGGAUGGCCCGUUUGAGGCAAUCAACGGUGCUGGAGGAAACAAUGUGGAGGAAUCUGUGAUCCUGCCACCGUUCGAGCAGAGCUUGGUGGCGGCGGACAGUGUCGGGGAGGAUGCGCUCGGCCGUAAGUUGGACUUCAAGGAGACGUCUACUUAUGUCAUGUAUGGCAGUAGUGCUUUUAUUGCCGGAUGGAUUUUGUCUGCUGUUGUUUCAGCGAUUGAUUCCAUUCCCUUGUUCCCAAAGAUAAUGCAAAUUGUAGGCCUUGGCUACACGAUUUGGUUCAGCACACGGUAUCUUCUUUUCAAGGAAAACAGAGAUGAAAUGUUUGUUAAAGUUGAUGAUCUCAAAAGGAGAAUUACUGGGUAUGGUGAUGAAUAGUGUGACAGAAUGUGGCUAGGCUUAGUUUCAUCUUUCUAAUCAUGUUACAAAAUCGCAAUGCCUAUGCAUUUAUAUUUACUGUUAUCUGCUAUUGGUAAUGAGUGAAUAUUCUCACCCAACAUAUUGAGCAGUCUUCUUCUGUUGGAUGGUAAACUGCUCGGCCCUCAGUAUAUAUUCAAAAUCCAAAGUAAAAGAUGCAAGAUGGAUGGAACCGAUAGAUUCAUCCCUCAAAAUGCUUUUAUACGAUAUAGAGUUUGAUGUCAUUAACAAUAUAUUGUAUGAUAAAUU